AUGCGGCUCAUCCCGGGCGACCCGGCGCUGGUGAUUCUCAGUGAAGGCGACGCAUCGUUUACUCAGCAAGAGUUGCAGGCGCUUCGCGUAGAAUUGGGCACCGACCGGCCGAUCGUCAUCCAGUAUGUGGACUGGGUCAGCGGAUUGGUGCAGGGUGACUUGGGAGAAUCGUACUGGCGGCGGGGCAUACCAGUUUGGGACCUGCUGGGAGAUCGUAUCCCGCGCACCCUUCAACUGGCAGUAAUGGCGAUUUUGAUCGCCGUGCUAUUCGCGGUUCCUCUGGGUAUAGUUUCAGCCAUUAAACCCGACAGCCCGGUGGACUACUUCUGCCGCAUUAUCGCUCUGAUCGGUAUAUCCAUUCCCACGUUUUUCGCCGGCACACUGGUGGUCCUGGUCUUAUCACGCGGUUUCAACUGGCUGCCACCGCUGGGCUACGAGGAACUUUGGGUAGAUCCCUGGUCCAACAUCCGGCAAAUGUUCCUGCCGGCGCUGGCGCUGGGUUUCUACGACAUGGCAUUCAUCGCCAGGGUCACCCGCUCCUCGAUGAUGGAAAUCAUUCGCGAGGAUUACAUGCGAACCGCCCGGUCCAAGGGAUUGGCUGAGCGCAUCGUUCUGGUCCGCCACGGGCUCAAGAACGCGGUAUUGCCCAUUCUCACCAUUUCGGGCUGGCAGUUCGGUCGCCUUUUUGGCGGAACCGUCAUCAUCGAAAGCAUCUUCAGGGUACCCGGCAUUGGCACGCUGCUAAUCGAAACAGUGUUCCAGCGCGAUUUCCCCACCAUCCAGGCCAUCAUCAUCGUGAUCGCGGUGUCCAUCGUCAUCAUCAACCUGUUGGUUGACCUGCUGUACGGUUGGAUGGACCCGCGCAUCCGUUAUGCCUAG